UGAAGUGUACGUAUGUUGUAGGAUUUGGUAAAGGAAUGUAAUGGCAAAUAGUUAGGACAAGGAAUCUUGAAAAUGGAAAGCGCAGUAGAUUAACAUAGUGUGUUAUGAUGUAGGUGUCUAAUCAUCGACAUCAUCAUCAUAAAAUGUUACUUCACACGCGCACACACAUCUACAUAUCCUCUUCUUUUUCUAUCUCCAUUCCAUUGUCCCAUCGUCGAUAGAGUUGAACAAGUAGCUCAAUUCUUGAUUUCCUUCUCCUUGGCCGCUUUUCUUUCUUCUCUGGAAAAACGACCAAGCCCAGAAAUUUUCCAGUGGAAAUUAACUAUGUCUUCUCCAAGCAAGAGGCGUGAGAUGGACUUAAUGAAACUGAUGAUGAGUGAUUACAAGGUGGAGAUGAUCAAUGAUGGCAUGCAGGAGUUUUAUGUGCAUUUCCAUGGACCCACUGAUAGUCCUUACCAUGGUGGAGUGUGGAAAGUAAGGGUGGAGCUUCCUGAUGCUUAUCCAUACAAGUCACCCUCCAUAGGAUUUACUAACAAGAUCUAUCACCCCAAUGUGGACGAAAUGUCAGGCUCAGUCUGUUUAGAUGUGAUUAACCAGACCUGGAGCCCUAUGUUUGACCUUGUGAAUGUGUUUGAGGUAUUUUUACCACAACUUCUCCUGUACCCAAAUCCAUCUGACCCGUUGAAUGGGGAGGCUGCAGCUCUAAUGAUGCGUGACCGAGGUGCAUACGAACAUAGAGUUAGAGAAUACUGUGAGAAAUAUGCAAAAGCAGAAGAUGCGGGGGCUGCCCCAGAAGAGAAAUCAAGUGAUGAGGAACUGAGUGAAGACGAAUACGACUCUAGCGACGAGGCAGUUGUUGGGAAAGUGGAUCCAUAGCUUUCCCAGACUAUGUACCCAUACAUCUGUUCUGUACAUCAUGUUAUUGUUGCCCCCUGCUUAAAAGUCAUCUGUAAUUGCACAUAGUAAACACUAAUCAUUGGCAUGAAUGCAAAGGAACCUACCCUGGCCUUUAGUUUCUAGUUUGUGCUAUAAUAGAUGUAACAUUUGUCUUAAGCUGUUUU